UCCUCUGUGGUGGCCUGGCCGGAAUGGAGAAGGCUUCAGACCCAACUGAUUCGCUUCUCUCAGUCGGCGUUGGCACUAGGUGAGAGAACGAUGUUGUCUGCGGCGAUCUUCCUCACUCUUCUCGCUCUAGGCGGUGCACAGUAUGCAGAGUUGACCAGCUGUCCGGAGAACUACGGGCUACAGGUCUACCCAGACCCCGUCUCCUGCAACCACUUCUAUAAGUGCGCCAAUGGUACCCUCACUUAUGAGGUCUGUGGGAACGGCCUUCUCUUCGACGGGAAGGGCGCCGUUCACAACCACUGCAACUACCACUGGGGUGUCGACUGCGGCGAACGCAAGGCUGAAUUGACUCCUGCCGGACGAGGCAUCUGCGAGUAUGAAUUCGGUCUGUUCUCGGCUGGUCCGUGCGAGACCUACUUCACCAAGUGUGCCUAUGGGGAGCCCCUGGACGAGCCCUGCACCCCGGGCCUGGCCUAUGACGACAAGAUUCACGGCUGCAACUGGCCAGAUCUCCUCGAGUACUGCAACCCCGAGCAGAUCGUCGGGUUCUCCUGCCCAGAUUACGUGGACUCCAAAGACCCAGCAUCGAAGUUCCUGCCGUUCCCGAGGUACCCUUCAGGUGACUGUGGGCGCUACAUCGUCUGCGUGGAGGGGAAACCUCGCCUCAUUGGCUGUGGGGACUACACAGUCUUUAACGAAGAGACUCUUACCUGCGAAGACCCGGAAUAUGUACCAAAAUGCUCCAAGUACUUCAAGAAAUAACAUGGAAAUCUGUAAGAGAUGGAGGUCGGUGCUCGCACUCUACGUGCGCCUUCCCUUCGAGGACAACCUCAAACUCCGCCAAUGGUCAAGUUUUCCGAGCUUUUUUCCAAGCUUUCCGUCCAUUCCUUAACACUGGGAAAGAAAUUUUGUAUGUAAAAAUAAGACUAAAUAUUUAAAUUGUUUUCUGUAAUUCAACUAUUUUAUAAUUUUUUUUUCCUUAAAUAUUUGUGUUCAUAUAUGUUGAAGCAUUCACACUGAAAUGGGAUUAUUAUUAUUAUUAUUAUUAUUAUUAUUAUUAUUAUUAUUAUUAUUAUUAUUAUUGUAUUUUUUGUAAAGUUUUGUAUAUAUACCGGUAUAUUAUUUUGGAAUUUCUGGCUGGUCAAGGUCAGUGCCAUUCGCCUAUUGUAAGAUCUGACUUACAUGUUACCAGUAACAUCUGUCAAAUAUACUGAAAUUAGAUCGACUA